AUGGACCUUUAUUUAUAUUAUAAAUUUUACCAUGUAUGGAGGAUUGAGGACUUGUUGCAUUGUGAAGAGAAUGAAGAAGCUGCAUGUAAGGAAUUCUGUAAGCUGGGUGUAUAUCAGAUGGAUGUGGAUUUGAAACAUUGUUUUGGCUGUUUCCUGGAGAUAAUGGCAAAACAGGAACCAAAGCUGCACGAGAUGGAUUUAUUAGUUCUGUGA